AGCGAGGGGCGGUCGGCUGUGUCUUUCUCUUCCUGCCGAGCGAUCCAUCUGCUGCCUGCUUCUGAGGAGCCCCCCCUCCAACCGUUGCUCGUCUCGAUUGCAUGGAGCCCAUACCUACGCCGCAGUUUGUUCUGCCGACCUCGGUGGACGAGGCCGAGAAGUGGAAGAUCAGCCCACAGGACAUCAAGGACGGCGUCGCCAAGGCCAAGAACAUCAUCAAGGCUUCUGAGAAGCUCCGGAAGACGCUGUCGGCUGUUGCCACCGCUUACUACGACUAUGGCAUCAGCGUCAAGGAGCUGGCCUCGACCAAGUCGGUUCGAACGGUCGAGUUGCUAGGCUCGCCCAAAGGUCUCGACACCUAUGCCAAUGCCCACCUCCAGCUUGCUCGCCACAUCCGGGGACUCGGCGACUGUUUGUACAGGUCCAUCGAGCAGAGCAUCCCGACAACAGUGGCGACCCACAACAUCAGUGUCCAGUACCACGACCGAGUCGUUGCUCGCCAGAAUGAGGAACAGGAUAAGAAGAUCCAGAAGGCCGAAACCGAAAUCAACAAGCAGCGACAUCGAGCCUCCGAGGCCGACAGGGCCGUCCAGGAUGUCAUGACCAUCAAGGCCCUGACGGACGAAUGGGUUCGCAUCAAGAACCUCGGUAUCCUCGCGACCUUGAAGGAAGAGUCCAAGUUUGUCUCCCAGAUCUACGCGCACCUCCUCAGUGUCGCUUCCAAGGAGCGGGAGGCCUUCCUCGAAUUCGACCGUGUGAUGAUGAGGAAGUUUGGCGGUCAGUCGGAUGACGAUCUCGCUCGAAAUGAAUCGCAUCUGGCCACACCGAUUACAGCUGUAUCGGCGUCAGGCCAGGGCCUCAGCGCGACCGAGCUGCCCCCGACUUCAGCGGAACUGUUGGAUGUCCCCGAGCCCGGCCCACCCCGAGAGAUGAACAGCUCCGUCGGGGCCGAGCGCCAGUCGAGCAGCUCGCCAAGGAUCCUCGACGACAUGCUGACGCCGCAACCGGCUCCGCAGCUGGUUCCGCAGGGAAUGGUCAAUGUGGUAUCGCCAGAUGAGUACUUUGAGUUCUCAGACGUCCCCAACCACGAUGUCUAUAUCCCCGUCUCGAAUUCGGUCCAGGAAAUGGCCUCGGUGGACGACUACAUGAGUGGCUUCGAGGAGUCGCCCUAUAUCGACCCGAUGCAGUCCCCCGCCCCUGAGCGGAAGCCUUUGCCUGGCAUUCCUGCGGAAGCCGUCGGCAUGUCCGUGACGGUGACUCCCAUCGACAGGUCUCCUUCUUCGCACGGCUCCAACUCCAACGCCAACCCUCCCAAGCUUGUGCCGCCUUCGCGUGGCGACAGCUUGAUGCCCAGCCUCGGCAUUAGCCAGUUCCCUCCCCACGCCAAUGUCGUCAGUCAGCUGGCCAAGCAUGUGCAACUGCGGACACAGCUUCCUGGUCUCGAAAGCCACGCAGAGCCGCUGGCAGAGAGUGCCCACCCACAGCCCGCCCCAAGUGCGGACCUGCCAAACUCACCGAAGGAUAUGCCGCAGUACCUGGCAAGUCUCGCCAUGCAGGAUCCCGAGGCUCGCGUAGUCCAAGGCUUGCAACAAACCGUUCAACUCAAUGUUCCUGCACAGCUCAACGUCCCGGCACAGCAUUCAGAGCCGUCAACGUCGUAUCACACCGACGAAUACAAGCCAUACGAGCCUCGUGGCGAACGCACGACAGGCACUCCCAAGGUCAUUCUGCCGGCCACCGAGUCGCUGCGACCUCAGCCUGGGUCGUCGCGCGAUUUGGGUUCCUCGAAGAGGCAGGAGGACCUGCGCAAGUCCAUGAGCACCUUCAAAGAAAAGGUCGAGCGCCGCGACUGGAUUCUGGUUGACCCCAACGCCGAUCCGACCUUGGGCGUGGAUGAGACGCCAAGGAUAUAUCGGUCGCUGCCACGCGUGGGUGCCUCCCCUCGACCGCCGAUGGUGAAGCUGCAGACGCGCGACGACCUGUCGCUGACCUCAUCGCCGACGCCGAGCCAGUUCAAGCUUCAGCUGGCCGGAUUUGGCAACCGGUUCAAGAAAAUCAUGGGAUUGAAGCCUCAGGCUCCCACCCAAGUCCACAUUCCAAUCAUGGAGAACUCUCCAUCCUUCAGUGUACGGAGCACAUCCGUGGCGCCGUCCAAGGCCAGCGACGAGUCUCUGACAGACACAAGCGAUACUGCCGGUGAAAGCGAGUCGCAAGAGCCCGUAAAGCCUGGAGCCAAGACUGGCCGUCGAGUCCACUUUGCCAGCUCGCCGAUGGUGCAGCACCUCGACUCCGAUACCGAGAGCGCUCCGCUGGAUGAGGAGGACUUUAUCGCCAUUCCUCAGAACCUGCACGAGGCCGUGAUGGAUAAGCUUCCGCAACAUGUGCGCUCCGAGCUCAACGAGGCGGCCCUGGAUCAAGCCGAGGGUGCUCCUGAAGUACCAGACAUACCGGCUCCUGAAAUGGCUGCUCGGGCUGCCUCGGGCUCGGGCUUGGGCUCGGGUGUGGCACAAGAGCGUGAUGCUUCGAAUGGCGACCUGCGCCCCGAUGCACCGGCUCUCCAGGACCAGAUCAAGCAACCCGCUGAGCCACUGGAAGGGCCCGAACGACAAGAUAAGGAGGCGGUCACUUUGACAGUUGGCAACGUUUCUCGACGGCCCAACGUCGUGUUCCCGGUCGAGGCCGAUGUCGAAAGCAUGAAGGGAACCGUUGUGGAUGAGGAUGUCUCCUACGAGCCGAGUCUGGCUACAACCAGCGCCCUUGGCAUUCGCCCGUCGUCAAGCCAGAUCGGAGCACGCAAGGAGCUUGUUUGGGUCAUCCACAACCACAUUGCUCGCAGCGACCGCGAAAUGACCAUCGCCAAGGGCGAUGUUGUCUCGGUGCGCAAACGACACGGCACCUGGAUCUAUGGAACAAAAGUGCCGCCCGAGCUACUGAAGCCGCAGAUCCCACCCGAGCGCACGAGCUCCAAGAGUUCACUCGCCAGUCCAACCGGUGCUGGAGAGCCCAAGCUCGUUAGCUCGCUCUUCACGGACGAGCGACAGGCCAAGAAUGUGCCCCUGACAAACCCGACCACCCGCCCGGUCGCCGGCUGGAUUCCUGCCUCAUAUGUCACGCGAUUCUCGAGUGCAUAAUACCAUGCUCCAGUGGCUGGCGAGCGGCAACGUUGCCGGUCAAGCAUCACAGGCCAUGGUGUCCACAAUGAAGCGGGGCAUUCUGUUAUUUGAGCAUGUUGGACUAUUUUCUUUCUGUAUCCUGAAUACAUCCGUGUAUCGUGAGCGCCCC